AUGGCUGAUGUCGCUGAUGUCAACAUAUCAAAAUUUGUUCCUACUAUCAAAAAAAUACUUUUGGAUUCCGAUCUUAAUGAAAUUACUGCUAGGGAUGUACGAAUGAAACUUCAACAAGAAUUUAAAGUAGAUCUUACCCCUCGCAAGUUAGAAGUUCAACAUCUUAUUGACCGCUGUUAUGAUGAUUUAGAUAUCGGCGUUGAAGAAAUAGAAGAGCCUAUAGAACCUAAAGUAUCAAAAAAACAAAAAAAAAUUAGUAAUUCUGAAAAAAAAUCGACUUUACAUAAUAAACCUUCAAAGAAGAGUUCUAGAGGUAGACCUCCUAAAAAAACUCGAGAAUCUGAUUAUUCGUCCCUGGAGGACGAUUCACCACCACAAAAAAAGAAGCGUGGUCGAAAACCAAAAAGUUCAUCUGUAAAAGCAGAAUCGUCUGAUGCUGAAUUUGAAAGAAAAUUUGAGGAAGAAUUAUUGAAUGAAUCUAAUGGAAAAAAAUCAAAAUCAAAAAAUAAUAGUACUUCUAAAAAGAAAUCAAAUAAACGCAAGAAGAGAGAUGAUGAAGAACAGGAUGGUGAAGAACCAAAGAAAAGAAAAAAAGGAAACACUGGAAUUCAUAAGCCUUUGAUAUUAAGUUCAGUAUUGGCAGAAUUUUUACAAGCUGAAGAGAUGUCAAGACUUGAAGUUGUUAAGCGCUUAUGGGCAUAUAUCAAAGAAAAUGAGCUUCAGGAUCCUAAUGAUAAGCGGUAUAUUGUUUGUGAUGAAAGAUUAAUGACCAUAUUUCAACAAAAUAGAAUUCAUAGUUUCACGAUGAAUAAAUUUUUAACUGUUCAUCUUAAAAAGAAAGAAGCUUUAGUAGAUGCAGACGCGGAUGCGGACGCAGAAGUAGACGUUAAAAGUAUUAAUGGAGAAGCUGCUAAUCAUUAUGAAAAUCGUAGUGUAGGCGAAGAUAAUGAUCAUGAUGAUGUAUCAAGAGACGAGAAUAUUGAUGAUGAUAAAGUUAAGAUGGAGCCUCAAGAGAAUUGGGCGGACGAAGAUAAUGAAGAUGAUGAUGAUGACGAUUUGUUUGAAGAAGAAGAAGACUCUGAAUGGGUAAAACAAGAAGACGACGAUGACAAAAGUCAAUAA